UCGGCUUGCAGAGACAGGCUUGUAGAGAUAAACCAUGUAGUCUUAUUUUCUUCAACUCUAUGAUGAAUAUAUAUAUAUAUAUUUUGCUCUUUAGUGAUUCUUCAUCUGAUAGUGAAUCCGAUGAUUCAGAAGCAAGUGAGCAUUGUGAAUUUGAUGAUGAUGGAAUGGAUGAAGAGAUGGUCAAAGAAUUUGAGAUGAACAGAAGUGGAUACGAAACUGGGGACGUUGAUCUUGAUAGGACGUUUACCACAAAUGUAACAUCAGCUGCCACAGUUGUGGAGGACAUGGAUUUAAAUGAAAAAAAUUCUACAACUGAUGGUAUUCUAAGUGCUAAAAUUGCCAGCAAUGCCGAAAUAGUUUCCAAGAAAAUGGAAUCAGUGUUUCAAGAUUUGUUUGCUGCAAAGAAUGAAGCUGCCUAUUUUGUAGACAUGCCGCGAGUGGUUGUUACAACUGAACAACUAAAAAAGUUUAGAGGAAAUAUUUGCUACCAUAUAUUAGAGAAUGGAGAUAUUUGUAAAGAACAUCUCACUUUUGAUGCUGAUUUAAAAGGUUCAAAUCUGCACUUAAGGUGGAUGUGUGUGGCAGGUCAUAGGGGAUUGUGGUUGUCAUCAGAAGUUUUAACAACUUCACACAAUGCUGUUGUGUAUGCUAAUGAUUUGUUGAUUGGGGCUUGUGUUUUGUUGUCAGGUAACAACUACCAAAAGUUCCCGUUGUUAUGCAAAUUUUUAAACCUUGCUGUCCCAAGUCAGAGUACAUUCACUCGUUGUCAGUGGUUGUUUUAUGCACCUGUAAUUUUGGAUGCUUGGAAAGGGAUGAAAGAGAAGGUUCUGGAUGUUUUGAACCCAUAUGAAGACAUUUGUUUGCUAGGUGAUGGGAGAAAUGAUUCUCCAGGAUUUAGUGCCAGGUACUGUGUGUAUGUGAUCAUUGAACAUGUUACUGGUGUCCUUGUAGAUUUAGAAGUCCUGGAUAGAAGAGAAACUGGGGGUCAUUCACCAAAUAUGGAAAGAGAGGGCCUAACACGACUUUUGUUACGUUUGAUGCACGAAAUAGAUAUUACAGAAAUUGUAACAGAUGCAUCCAGCUCAAUUAUCAAAAGGAUUAAGGAACUGCAAGGAAAGUAUCCAAGGCUUCAAGAACUACAACACAGUUUAGAUGUUUGGCAUAAGGCUAAAAGUCUCAGCAAAAUGCUCCACAAAGCUGCAAAAGAUAAGGAAGCAGCAGCACUAAAGCCGUGGAUACCCAGCAUCAUCAACCACUUCUGGUAUUCCUGUCAAAUUGCAAAUGGAGACACAGAAAAGUUGAAGGAUUGCUGGUUUGGUGUGGUCCACCAUGUUUGUGGGGAACACACAUGGUCAGGUUCAGCCUGUCUUCAUGGUCCAAGUACCAGUUCAGAGCCCAAGCAGGUGCUUGAGAAGAAAUCAAAGCCAGCUGAAGCCUUGCGUGCUGUUGUCUUUGACAGGAAAUUCCUUACAAACUUUGAAAUGUACACAAGUUUCAGGCACACUGGGUCAAUUGACUUUAACAGCAUGCUUACAAAAUAUGCACCAAAAAGGAUUGCUUUUGAAUAUAUAUAUUUUGUUUGCCGCAUGGCUUUAGCUGCAAUAGACCAUAAUAUGCAUCUCCACAGGCCAUUUGCAAAGACCAAGGAUGGGAAGGAAAUUUUUAAGGUUAAAUAUAGCAAAAGGACAAAGUCGCACCAUGCAGAACCUGUGAAGGUUGAUAAAGAAUAUGCAUAUAUUCCGCACUUACUGGCAAAAAUUUUGCAAUGUCGCAAGGAAAGCACUGCUUCUGUACUGACCAGAAACAUUCGUAGUGAGAGAGAUCCUAAGAAUAUAGCCCCAUUGAUAGAUCCUAUGGUUUUACCACCAACUAAAGAUUUGCUUGUAAAGGAACAUUACAGUAGAUUUGCCAAGAAGUAGACUAGCCUUGUAUCUUGUAUUCUUGACCACUUACCAUGACAAAUUUUGCCAAAUAUAUAUACUAUGUAUUCUUUUAUUUGUCCCAUAUGCCCAUUUUCAGUGUUGAAAUCCAAGGAAAAACUGUAAAAAAAUUAAGGUAACCGACCUACUUUUGUCAAGGAGAAAACAAGAAUAAGCAUAUUGAAACACACAAUGUCAAAACCCUGUAACUCCAAGAGACUUUUUAUAAUUUAGACAUAAGGAUAUAGCUAAUGCAAAAAUAUAAGAAUUAACAUGAACUGUAUAUGACAAAUGUCAAUGUCAGGAUUCUUUAUUUUCAGAUAGUGAUCUUAGUUUCGUUUAAAUCCCAUAUAUUGAUCAUUAGGAUCUGGGUAUGAUUUUCUGAUCAUUGUCACUACACAUGAGGGCAAUAUCCUUCUGUUCAAACGACCAAGUUUCCCAUAUUUCCACAGUGCAUAUUGCUGAUAGGCAGCUUUUCUCAAUGAAUUUGUCGUGAAUUUGAUUGGUUCAGCUCUGAGAUCACACCUUGCUAAAAUUUGAAGCCUGAGGACAUCCCUGUCAAUGCAGAUUUUACGAAAGAUCUGGUAGGAUGUGACACAUACUACCCUGUCACAACAUCUAUUUUCAUCAGGGUCAGGCAUUGCAAUGCAAACACCACAUUUGCACCAUGGCUCACCAUUCACAUGUGCAAUUGGCAUUUCCAGGUGUGAAAUUGAGUGCACAAGGUCUUUGAUGUAACUGGCACUUCCUUCCCCUAUAGCACCCAUCUCUACAACAAGUUGCUGUAGAACUUCAUGAGGGAGAUCUUUUACAGCUUCCUAUAAAAAAAACAAUUUAUCUUUU